AUGGAGAAGGCCACAGUUAAGGGAAGCUUAUUCGAUGACGACGUGGACGUCAAAGAUUAUGAUGUUAUGCGGAGGAGACUCGACUUCCUGGAGGGAGAAAUGACCAUGCCACCAACCAGCAUGAAAAGUGUUAUUGACAAAACAGCCGCUUUCGUUAAAAAAAAUGGAAAAAUAUUCGAGCAAAAAAUAUACAAGGAGAAGGAAAAACAGUUCAGUUUUAUAAAUCCCUCGCACCCCUACUUUUACUAUUAUCAGUACAAGCUACAUGAGCUAUUCAUAGGGGCAGAGGAAAAAAGUUUAGUCCCCAAAGCCAUUUUAGAAAUAAAAAAAAGAGAAGAUCUAAACAAAGCCAGUAAUAAUGAACACAUAUUAAAAAUAUGCGAUUUUAUAAAAGAAGACAAUAAACAAGAAAAAAAUAAAAUUAUUUAUGCCAUAAAUGAUCAGUCGAAUCAGGAAAUUGCACAAGAGAAAGAAGAAAAAAUUGAAUGCCUACUUCCAAAUGAUGACAUAAUAAACAAAUUAAAAAAAUACUCCACGAACAAAAGCGACAUUAUAAACUACUCGUACAGUGUUUACAAUUUUAAUAUGAAAAAGAAGGAAGAAGAAGAAAGAAAAAUGGAGCAAAAAACAAAAUGUGAUACCUUCUACGAUUGGACAAACUUCUCCGUUGUGGAAACAAUUAACUUUGACGAAAAUGACGAUUAUCUUCCCCAGUCCAUUGACUUUAACAAUGUCGAAAAUUAUGUCCUAAGUCAGCUAUUCGAUACGGAUAAAAAGUACACAAAUUUGGAAAAAAUUAAAAACAUCUCUUAUCAUGAUAGCAAUGUAAACAAAACAGUUUACGCAGAUGACGACAUGAUGGAACGAAUGGACAAUGAAACAUUUGAUGCAGAUACGGAUAAGCAGUAUACCGAUCAAACAGGAGAGGAGGAAUAUUACGAAAAAGGGAUGGGACGAAUUAAAAUGAGAGACAAACAUCAUAGUAAUGGAUACGAAGAGGAAUCCUUAGAUAGCUCCCAAGAAAAGGAAAACGUUGCGGGUAAAAAAUACGUUAAACAGGGACUAAAAGGAAAAAAAAUGAACCAAGAAAUUAAUGGCGCAGAAGGCGAUAACACAUUAGAUGAAGAGCAAGCUGCGGAGAGGAAGGUCGGCGAGGAAGACGAUGACGACGAUGAUAAUGAAGAAAGAAUCAUAGUUGUAAAGAAUUACGAAAAAUCAAAAAAACAUCGCCUAAACAAUCAAAACAUGCACUUGUGCCCAAUCACAAAUCAACCAAUUGACAUCAACGAUAUGACGAAACAUUUGAAAACGUUAUUAUUGGAUCCGCAGUGGAAAGAACAGAAAGAUAAGCUAUAUGAAAAGGCAAAGAAGGAAGCAUCCUUCACUCCCCUUGAAGACAUUGAAGGAAAUUUAUCUCUUUUUGUCAUUAACAGACCAGAUCUUUUUGGCUCAAUUGACGAAGAAAUAAAUGAACACACAUUAAAUGAAAAUAAAAAAAACACGAAGAAUAAGAAAACCAAUAAGAAGGAGGAAGACGUCUACAGUUAUAUUCAUAAUAUUUACAAUAAAAUUCUGCCUGGGCCAUCCAUGGCCCACUACCCGCAAAAUGGAGACAGUACGAAAAAGGACUCAACUGAUCAAAAAAGUAAAAAACAAAGAAAAGGUUAA